UGAUCCCAUGCUGCUGGAGCUGGUCUCCAACAUAUGCAUCUCUUAGACGCCUGAAGUAGUGGAAAGACGCCCUGCAGGCAAGGGACACGAAGGCCUUUGCUCUGGAUUUUAACACAAGGGCAACACGUUGGUGAAGAGCCAAAGACUGGCUGCAGGCAGCUUGGGCAGGACCAGGGCUAAACUUUAUGAGGAAGACAUGAGCCAGAAGAACGGUGACGACCCAGCGGACCCGCAGGACCUGGAGGCUGUCUCGGUUAAGGAACGCUUGGCCUUAUAUCAGGCUGCCGUCUCCAAGCAGGAAAGUGUCAGCACUUCUAACACUGUGCUGGAGGAGUCUGAGGCCUGCUCCUUGCCUGGGGGCCUAGCCAGUGUGAAGAAGCAAUUUGAGAGCCAGGAAAUUGCAUCGUCUCAGAGCGGUGUCACCCAGUUCCAUUUCCAGCACAGAUCUGGACAGGAAGCCCCAGGCGUGUCAGAAGAGGGGACGUUCAGGAAGAAGGAAACGGGACCAUCUCCGCCACAGGUCUCAAUUUCCCAAGAGGAGAAGAUGUCCCAUAAUGCAAGUUUCCACCAGAGCAACAUGGCCAACUAUGAAAACCACUACAAUGAAACAGGAGAGGAGUUUCCAAAGCUUUCUACUCAAGCACUGAAGCAGCAAUUUGAAAAGACUAUUGAAGAGGCAACACCAACCAAGCAAAUUAAGAUUGAUCAUGAUUUCAACCAGUUUCAGUGGGCUUCAGGAGUAAAUCUGUCAUCUAAAGCUGCAACAGAAAGAAUACAGGACCCCUCAUCCAUGAUCAGAGAUAUGGAUGGAGCAGUUUCUGCCACUGCCUGCUGGGGUCUGGAGCACCUUCCUUCCCCACCCUCUGAUUUACUGCAGAUUCCUUCAGAUGUUGCAGAACACUGCUGUUCCCCUGAGCCACCAGAAAUGAUCUAUCCACCUAAACAUGUGGUCAGUAAAGAGCAGUACACUAAGCAGAGAAACCUCUAUGAAUUUAAACGCCUGUAUAAACAUAUCCACCCAGAUGUCCGGAAGAGUCUGGAGAAGGACUUUUUCAGUGGUGUAAUUGAGGGAACUCAGUUGGAGAAUUAUGAAGGAGUUACCAGAGAUGUCCAUCAGGCGAGAUAUAUUUUUGAGAACUCUGGGAGCAGUCCAAGCAAGUGUCUGAGCCCAGAAAGAGAGUACAUGGAGUGGGAUGAGAUCCUCAAAGGAGAGGUGCAGUCUAUGCGCUGGAUGUUUGAAAACAAACCCUUGGAUUCAAUAAAAGACUAUUCUCCAGAUGAAGACAACAUUAAAAACAUUGCCCAACAGGAAAUUAUAUCAGGGAAUGAUGUCAGAUACACAGCAUGGCUGUUUGAGACACAACCAAUAGAUUCACUGGGCACACAUACCCCAGACUCAGCUGAAUGCAGGGGAAAAUCACUGGAGUUGGCAAGAGGAGACGUUCGCACUGCUGCCUGGCUCUUUGAAACACAACCUUUAGAUUCUUUCAACAAGAUCUACCAAAAUGAGGAGCAGAACACAAUUAUCUGUGCAAAUGAUGUAAUUGGAGGUGAUGUCAAAACUGCCAGGUAUUUAUUUGAAACCCAGCACCUUGACUCUCUGGGCCACACAGAGACCAUUGAUGAAGGUCAUUUCCUUCAUUUGAAAUCAGAAGUUGAAGAGAUUAAAGGAGAUGUUAAGAUGACUACCAAGAUGUUUGAGACCCUGCCUAUGUGUGUCAUCAGGGGACAGUUGGGUGAAAUGCUAGAGGUAACAACUGUGCACAGAGAGGAAUCUGAAAAAGGCGAUGUCAAAACCUCGCGUUGGCUUUUUGAAACUAAGCCACUUGACAUGAUCAACAAGGAUCCUGCUCAGAUGAAACUAAUUUGUGGUGUGUCUAUGGAGGAAAAUUAUCAGGGUGGUGCAAACAGGGGAAGGUGGCUUUUUGAGACCAAAACAUUGGAUUCUAUAAAUACUGACGAAUGGGAGACCCAUCCUGUUCAGAAGGAAGUUGUCAUUGGAGCUGAUGUCCGUAUGCAUUGCACAUUGUUUGAGACACAGCCAAUGGACAGUUUAAACAAUAACGCAUAUGAAAGGCCUGUUUGUGUGGAUGAAAUUAUUGGGGGCGAUGUGAAAUCAGCAAGACAAUUUUUUGAAACUUUCCCACAGGAUGGUCUGAAAGAAUUAAACGAAGUUGGUAAACUUCAAAAAGCACCAAUAUCGGAAGAGGAGAGGGUUGAUGUCCGACGUCAAAGGUGGCUCUUUGAAAGUCAACCACUUGAGGACAUCAGGGAAGAGAAAAAGGAGAUAAUAAGAACCGUGAACCUUGAAGAGCUCGAUAGAGGAGAUGUGACAAACUACAGGGAAAUCUUUGAAGCAAUUGAUUUAUGUGAAAGUAAUGACAUUCAAAAAAUUCAAGUUGAGGGUGUAACCAGUGGCGCUGUGAAAUCAAACAAAGUUUAUUUUGAAUCCGCACCAUUGUAUGCCAUGCAGGACAGCUCUGGAAAUUAUCAUGAGGUGAGAACUGUGCGAAGAGAGGAAAUAGUAAAAGGAGACGUCCGAAGUUGUAAAUGGAUGUUUGAGACAUGUCCUAUUGAUCAAUUUGAUGACGGCAUAACUAAGUUCCAGAUUAUUAAAGGAAUCUCUAAGCAGGAGGUUCAGUCAGGUGAUGUAAAAACGGCCAAGUGGCUUUUUGAAACACAGCCACUAGAUUCUAUUAGACAUUACAACAAUACUGAAGAUGAGGAGGGUGAGAAAAAGGCAAGUACUGAUGUUGUGAAAGGUGAUGUUAAAACAUGCACGUGGUUAUUUGAGACUCAGCCCAUGGAUGUUCUGUAUGAAAAAGGAGAGGCAAAAGGCGAAACAGAGACCGAGGACAUUCAAAAGGGAGAUGUAAAAACCUGCACUUGGCUUUUUGAGACACGGGCACUCGACACUAUCAAAGAUGACUCUGAGACAGUUAUAAAAACAUGCACAGUAAAACAAGGUGAUGUCCAAGGAAAAGAUGUUCAGAUGGCUCGUUUCCUUUUUGAGACAGAGAACCUUGAAAAUAUCAGAGGGGAGGAGGUUAAUGCUUUUAAGAGAGUCACUGAGAUAGAUAUUCAGUCUGGAGAUGUGUCUAGAAUGAAGUAUAUCUUUGAAAAUCAGGCCUCUGAUAUAAUGACCUCAUCCUCUGUGGAAACUAUGCAAAAGUUAAAAACUUGUCAGGCAGAGGAUAUUCAAAAAGGAAAUGUUAUUAGCUGCACAUGGUUAUUUGAAAACCAUCAUUUAGAUGCCAUUCGAGAAAAUUCAGAGGAACCCAAAGAUACCCGUACUGUGACUGAUGUGCAAGGAGGCAAUGUGGACAAAGGUCGUUUUAUUUUUGAGACCUUCUCUUUGGACAAAAUUCAGGAGGAGUCCUCUGAAACAGAUACUUCAAAUUUUCAGUCUGUUAUACCAAAAGAAACAGAAAAGGGAGAUGUGAAAAACUACACAAUGAUGUUUGAAACUCAGCCACUUUAUGCCAUUAGAGACAAAGAAGGUCAUUUUCAUGAGGUUACCACUGUCACCAAGGAGGAGGUUGUGAGAGGAGACGUGUCAGGUGCAAGGUGGCUUUUUGAAACCAAACCUCUCGAUUCCAUAAAAGACACAGAUGAGGUCUACAUUAUUAAAGGUGUCACCGAGGAAGACAUUCAGAAAGGGGAUGUGACUUCAGCCAGGUGGAGAUUUGAAACACAGCCACUUGAUCAAAUUUCUGAAGACAUGAAAGGUAUGGUUAAAACUGUGGAUGACAUUAAAGGGGGUGAUGUUAAGAUGAAUAAACAACGUUUUGAGUCUGAUGACAUGUCACAAAAAACCAUAAGAACUGUUAAUGUGAGUGAAAUACAGAAAGGUGAUGUUAGAACUGCUACCUGGAUGUUUGAAACACAUACAAUUGAUAAGCUUCGUGGUGAAGGCGCCGAGUAUGACGACAUAGAAAUGGUAAAGAAAGAAGAGGUGUUAAAGGGAGACGUUAAGCAAUCUGUGUGGCUUUUCGAAAAACAAGCCCUUGAUAGCAUAAAAGAAAAAGAUGAAAUAAAUGACACAAUUACUCGCGAGGAGAUUCCUCAAGCUGACGUAAAAACGACAGCUUGGCUUUUUGAAACAACUCCUUUUCACGAGUUUAAUGAGAGCAGGGUUGAGAAGGCUGAAGUCAUAGGUAAAAGUAUCAAAGAGACCCUCGAAGAGCUGUACUGUCAGAAAGUGGUUGAUUCACAAGGCAUAAUCAUAGAGGCAGAUGAGGUUGGGGAUAUCAGAAUGGCAAAGUACAAGCUUAUGAAUCAAGAAAUACCAGAAAUUCAACGGGAAGAAAUCGUCAGAGGGGAUCUGAAAAAUAUAAUGAUGAACCUGCUGAACCAACAGGAUACUGUUGAGAAAGGCAUAAUUAUAGAUAAGGAGGAGAGGGGCAACAUCAGUGCAACACUGAAACAGCUGUUCAACCAGGAAAUGAAGAUGAAUGUAGAAAAGGAGGAAAUCAUCAGAGGAGAUAUCCAGGAGGCUAUUAGCAAUCUACUACAAAAUGAGGGGUCAGUCAAACGUGGAGUACUCAUUCAGGAAGAUGAAAAAGGGGAUGUAAGAAUGACUAUAUAUUCACUCCUCAAUAAAGAAGAAAGCACUUCUGUUGAUAAAGAGGAUAUAAUACAAGGCAACGUGAGGGGUACGCUACACAGACUUCUGUCGCACCCAUCUGGUACAGAACAACUCGUGAGGAUAAAAGUAGGUGAGACAGAAAGAGGAAAUGUAAGUUUUUAUUCAACCUGUAUAGAGUCUGGUGCACUUGACUACUUAAAACAGCUCCAGGCAGACUCUGAUGAGAUGCUUACAGAGAAGGAAGGAAAGGAGAAGAUUAUUGGUGGUGACAUAGAAGGAACAAAACUCAUCCUGAGAAGGAAUCAGCUUCAAUUCGGACGGACUGUGGCUGAGGAAGACAUCAUCCCUGGUGACGUGCACAAAAUAGUGAAUGGGUUCAGCAACCAGUCAGAGAUUUCAUCCAAUAAUGUGCAGAAAGUGGAGAUUGUGAAAGGGGAUUUGAAAUCAGUCUUGCACUCAUUAACGCAGGCCAUCAAUCAGAAAGCUGUGGUUGAGAAAGAGGAAGUUGUGAAAGGCGAUAUAAACACCACCCUGAGGUCCUUGGAGGAGGCCCACAAUCAGCUCAAGAAGGCUGAAAAGCCAGAGAUUGUCCCGGGUGACAUAAAAGCAGCACUUAAGUCCUUGGAAGAAUCAACAACAGCAAAAGCUGAAAUUGUCAUUGGGGACAUAGUACCAGGUGACAUCAAAGGAACCCUGAAGACCCUGGAACAGGCCCAGCAGGCUGUAAAAGAGGUUGAAAAGGUGGAAAUCGUGAAAGGUGAUAUUCAGACUGCAAUCCAGGGAUUACGAGAGGCUUCUAAUGAAAAGAAGGUCUAUCAACAUCAAGUGAGUGAGCAGGGGGAUAUCAAAGGCACCAUACAGUUAUUACUGGAAACACCAACUACCCCCAAAAUGCAGCGCAGACCUAGUAUAGAGGGGGAUGUAAAAACUUCUAUUAAAUCACUAUAUGACAUACAGGAGCAAACUCAGCCUGAAAAAGAAGAUGUGCUAAAGGGUGAUGUUAAGGGCUCUAUAAAAUGUCUAAUGAAGGCCGAAACAAAAAACAGCAUCAAAUCUGUGCCAAUGGUUAAAAAUUUAUCUCUAAGCAAUGGAAUGCAGAAGCAGAGAAUCAUUAAAUCUGAGAAGGGUAGCUGUUCAGCUCAGGAGGAUCUUUUUGACACAUUGAAAACCACAAUGACAAAAGCUGCUGGAGUGAACAGAAACGCAUCACAAAUUACUAUCACGACAAAACAUAUACAUGAGAGUGCUAAUGUUAAACAGGUGCAAACUGCAAUUACAGAGCCCAAAGUGAUCACUAAGAAACAGGAAGUGAAGACAAAUUUCCGCAAUCUUGAUGCAAGCAGAAAGGGCUAUGUCAAAGUGCACAUUCAGGGAGAACCAAACAAAUGUCUCCAAACACCACAGCUUCCCUCACCUCUGUUAAAUAAUCCUGAACUUCCUCUUCCUCCUCCACCUCCACCUAUAGCAGAAUAUGAGUGUCAGGUGUCUCCACACCCAUCUCUCAUGAGACAGGAGUGUGACCUUCCUCCUCCCCCUCCACCUUCACCACCUGUUGAAGCCCUGGUAUCUGAAUGCGACCAUUUCCCUCUUCCACCUCCUCCCCCUCCACCCUCAAUGCCCCUAUCUCCACCAUUGCAGAAAAAGCUUAAUUUUAGACCUGUGAUUGAUUUAAAUGAAAAACAAGACAAAACACCUAAAAAAACAGUUAAUACAGAUCCAGUGUAUAAGGUCCCAAAACUUCAGCCACCAAAGCUAUUGGAAGAACAUCAAACCACAGAACAAAAUAAGCAAAUUCCACCUGGCAUCACGUUGCCGAGGUCGACACAGGAAUCACCCAGCCUGCCCAAGAAGAAAUUCAUUGCACCCGUUAAACUACCCAUGCCUGCUGUUGAGCCCUCCCAGAUAAAACCAAAACCAUACGUGAGGAAAUUCAAAACUCCACUGAUGAUUGCAGAAGAAAGUUACAGAAAACAAAGAGAAGAGACUGACAAAAAGACAGGUCCCUCACCUUUAAUCACCUUUUCUUGUACAGAUGCAAGUGAAAAUGCUGAAUCUGAAGCAACUGUCAAAGAUGACAAGACCAAGAAAGCACCAGAUGAGCCCAUGUUGUCUGAAGCAGCCCUACAGAAACCUGAGAAGGAAGUCUUCAAAACUGUAAUGGAUAGAGCAGAACAUGAUCAGUCAACACUGCAAAAAUUGUCAAAGAUUCCAUUAAGCAAGCCUUUUAUUGUUAAGCACCCUGCUUCUGAAUCUUCUACAAAAGACAGCUCUUCUAAACAGACUUCAGUAGAGAGCUCCGUUCAGCAACAGGCUAUGUCCAGGAGUUACAUAAGUCAUGAAGCUUCUUGUAUUAGACAACAGGUUGCAUUAGAUUCUUCUGCAAAAAGUCCAUCUAACCUCGAAGGACUUCAGCUACCUGGCAAGAUGGUCAUGUCUACUGCAGUUGAAAAACUAGAAAAUGUUUUGAAAAGCAUUCCAGAAACAGAACUUGUUAAAGAGAAUAUCGUCCAGAGUUUUAAAAAUAUUACGAGUAUAAGUGCUCAUUCCAUCACAAUUUCAAAUUGUAAGAAAAAUGAUAGAUUUGCAUUAGAAGGAAAGGGGGAGAGUCCCACCAAGCCUACUAAAACUAAUGAAGGAACACCAAAUUUCAAGGCGAAACACACAGUGGAACCAAAAGCUGAAAAAAAUGGGAUGCAAAAACAAGAAAAGAUUGACAAACACGACAAACAUUCUGCAGCGACAGCCAAAAUCCAAGUCCACAAAGAAGUAAGAAAUGAAAUAAAGGAAGAAGAUGUUUCAGUGGUGCGUGAUAUCAAGAUGGCUCAAGAAAGUACUAAAAUGGAAAUAAACCGUGGGCAGACAUACAAAAAAAAGGGGGUACAAGCAGAGAAAGAGAAACAAAUUGAGAAGGCUGUAUCUUCCAAGGAAAGUAAAUCAGAGAUCCAGAAGAAAAAAAAGCACAAGUCAAAGAAGGAGAAAGCAGCCCAAUGGGAGUCAAAGCCAAAAGGGACUCAUGAAGAGGAAGAGCUGUCAGUGAUGCAGACUCAACAGGUCCUUCAAGAGAAGAAGGCUGCGGUUCAUGAAGAAGCGGUUAUCACUGAGUACAAAAUUCAGGAGAUUUCCCAACACCAGGGAAUAUCUGAAAUCCAGAAGACAGUCAAAUGUUCUCAAAAACAAAAAGAAAAGACAGCAAAGCAGCAAAUGAAAGAGAAAUUAGAUGGUGAAUCCCAGCAAGCGCACGGGAAUAAGACAGACACAUCAGUGCAAAAGCAAUCUGCUCAGUUUUCAACAGCAAACAUAGAAGUACAAAACUUUGACGAAAUGCAUCAGUUAUUGAUUGACAUUAAGGAACUUCAGGCAGCAUCAGGAAAAUGUGAUCACAAGACAGUGAAGAGGCUGCUUGGGAAAAUCCCUCAAUGGUUGCUUGGUCCUGAGGAAAAGAGGGACUUAGAUGAAGCUGCAGAUGAGCACAAUGUGCAAAAGCUCAAAGAGGUAAUCAUAUUUCUGAGAAAUUUAACAGAAGCAAAGCUUGCAUACUUAGAGGGAAUUGUUGGUACCGUGCAGAAGCCAGAAGCUGCAUCCAUAGCAGAAAAGAUUCCCAACUCUCAAACUGCACCAACACCGCCUAAAAUGAACAAAGAAUGUAUAAAAGUAAAAAAUCAGCCAAAACUUACAGAAGGAAAAAAAGCCACGCACGUUAUUAGAAAGCAGGAGGUGACUCAGGUAAGGCCAGCUGGUGCCAGAGAGCCCUCACCAUCACUGCUGACUGCCACACUGAAAACAGCAGAGUCCACCCAAACGCUGACGGCCCCUUCACAUGUACAAAUGGACAGGCCAGCGACUACCCCAACACCUCCACCACACAAGUCCGAGACAGCCACACGUGGCACACAUAAGGCCACCUGCUCUCAAACUUUCCACCAGUCUGAGACAUUGUCUCACCUGAAGGACAUGACAUCUAAGUGCACCCAUACAGAUUCCCCCGUUCCAGCACUGCGAGAUGCGCAGAUCUGUGACAAAAAAUCCGAAAUGGUUGCACUUUCAUCAUCGUUUCAUGAGACGACAGCUGCAGACCCCUCAGAAAUUUCUGGAGCGUCGCCAGAGAUGACGACAGUGAAAGACAGACGGGAGUUCUUCGAAGAGGUUCAAAAGGCAGAGGUGAACAGGACUUAUGCACGCAAGAAUCCAAUCCGCAUCCCAGAGCGCUUGGGCCCAGACACGGAGGAGACUGAAACUGAAGCACAACAAAAAGAAAAAGAGGAACUCCCAAGGGUUGACCUGUCAGGACUUGUUCACAAAUUUGAAUCUCCCGAACAGAAGGUUUAUGUCAGGAAAGAAGCUAUUGUCAUUACCGAAAGAGCGGAGAGUGACGCCGAAGAGACAGAUGCUAAGGAGAGCAAAAAGAUCAGUAAAGCAGAAGAAAUGCCGGCUCUCGACUUUAAAGCUAUUAAGAGCAUUUUUGAAGCGACAGAGCAAAGUUCCCAUGCAAAUGAGGAGAAACAUCACCCAGAUAAGGAGGGUCGUAUCCAGAAUGAAAGCAUUAAGGGUGGUUCGGAGCAGGGCUGUGGGUGUCAGAGGGCCUCCAGACAUUCUCCGCUCCCCAUUCGUAAGAGACUGGAGCAGGAAGAACUCACACAACCAACUGAGUCUUCAGAGUCCAGAUUUGUCAAAGAGCAUUUCUCGAACAUCGAUGACUUCGGCCUCGUGAUCAGUGGUUUCAGCAGCACAGCUAUCUCCCAGCAUUCGGACAGCAUUUCCCCCUGCCGCGGUCCUCUCUCAUAUGCAGAUGCGGUAAGAUGUAAAACCAUGGUGCUGGAGAACUGCCCAGAGGCCUGUCCAGAGAACCUGCUGAAGAUCAUCCAUUCAACAAAAGCGGUGGGCGAGCAGGUCUUCGGAAGUCUCGACCGCAGCACUUUGGCGCAGGACAAUUCACAGAUUACGUUACACCACGAGGAAACAGUCCUGACUGAAAAUUCAAGUUCCGGAAUCGGAGCUGUGCACAGUGUGUCGCAAGAGAGUUUAUCCGAUGGAGUCCCUGACAGCAGAUACACAAAACUUCCAUAAAGCCUGUUUCCGCUGUGAGCACUGUAGCAGCAAAUUAAGCCUUGGCAACUAUGCCUCUCUCCAUGGACGCCUGUACUGCAAGCCACAUUACAAACAACUUUUCAAGUCCAAAGGAAACU